GUGACGGCUCAUGGAGUCCUCUCAGACCGGCUCCACACCUCUGGAGCUCUUAUCCUUCCACAACACGGCACUGAGGAAGCUGCCGGUGGAUGACACAGAUGAACCCGGGUCCCGAACAGUCCCGGGGGCGUGUUUCUCCCGGAUCGGGACCCUCCAGCCGCUGCUCAGUCCCCACCUCGCGGCGCUGUCCCGGUCAGCGCUGGCUCUGCUCGGUCUCAGGGAUCGGGACGUGCUGGAGGACCCCCGGGCUCCGGAGUAUCUGAGCGGCUCCAGGCUGCUGCCCGGCUCCCAGCCCGCUGCACACUGCUACUGCGGACACCAGUUCGGCCUGUUCGCGGGUCAGCUGGGGGAUGGGGCGGCCAUGUACCUGGGGGAGGUGGACUCAGGCCCCCAGGGGCGAUGGGAGAUUCAGGUUAAAGGUGCAGGAGUCACACCUUACUCCAGAGACGGUGACGGCAGGAAGGUGCUUCGCUCCAGCAUCAGAGAGUUCCUCUGCAGCGAGGCCAUGGCCGCCCUGGGGAUACCCAGCACCCGUGCGGCCUCACUCGUCACCUCUGACCUCCGUGUCAUGAGAGAUCCCCUCAGCAGUGGCCAGCGGAUUCCUGAGGGAUGCUCGGUGGUCCUGCGCCUCGCCCCGUCCUUCAUCAGGUUCGGAUCCUUUGAGAUCUUUCUGGGCCGUGAUGAAUUCUCCGGCCUGCAGGGUCCCAGCGCCGGGCGGCAGGACAUCCGUGCUCAGCUCUUGGAUUACGUCAUCGACAGCUUCUUUCCUUCCGUUCAGCAGGAUCACAGCAACCGGAGAGAUAGAAAUAUGGCCUUUUUCAGAGAGGUGAUGACGCGAACUGCUGAGCUAGUGGCCAAGUGGCAGUGUGUAGGUUUUUGCCACGGCGUCCUGAACACAGACAACAUGAGCAUCUUGGGUCUAACUCUGGAUUACGGCCCCUUCGGUUUCAUGGACCGGUAUGAUCCAGAUUUUAUCUCCAACGCCUCGGACAAAAGAGGCCGUUACUCAUACCAAGCCCAGCCGUCUGUGUGCCGCUGGAACCUGGCUCGCCUGGCCGAAGCGUUGGGCUCCGAGCUGGAUGCCGCCGAGGCAGGAGCUAUCCUGGACGACUUUAUGCUCACGUACGAAGGCUUCUACCUGAGUAUCAUGAGGAAGAAGCUGGGCCUGGUGAGCCGAGAGGAGGCAGAGGAUGGCCAGCUAAUAUCGGACCUGCUGCGCGUCAUGCACAACACUGGUGCAGAUUUCACCAACACCUUCCGCCUGCUGAGCCGUGUCCCCUGGCCUGAGGAGGGCGACUGUGAGAGGGAAGCAGUGGGGCCUGUAGUGGACCUCAUCCUGCAGCAGUGUUCCUCCAUUGAGGAACUUAAGGUGGCUAAUAAGCCAACAAUGGAGGACCGUGAACUGGCAAUGAUUUUGUCCAUGGCACACACCAACCCGGGCAUGUUCAGCAUGGCGGCAGGCGGCCCAGGUGUGGCCCAGCAGCUGGAGCGGAUAGGUCGGCUUAAGGAGCUGCUUGAGACGGAUCAAGAUGAGCUUAAGGAAAAGCAGCGUGAUGACUGGACUCACUGGGUCAGAAGAUACAGAAGGCGUUUAUCCAGGGAGUGUGAUGACUCGAGUAACUUGGCCCCAAUCAAAAAGCAGAGGCUCAGUGUGAUGAACAGCAACAACCCCCGGGUCAUGCUACGCAACUACAUCGCCCAGAAUGCAAUUCAAGCUGCCGAAAAAGGAGACUUCUCUGAGCUCAACAGGGUCCUGAAAGCUCUAGAGGACCCAUACUCCGACACAUCUGGACUGGAGCCUCCGAAUGGAUCUACUGCACGUGGAGAAAAGGAGCAGAGGGAGAUGGAUUUGACUGUUGGCUAUGACAGGAAACCUCCUACAUGGGCACAAAGGAUUUGUAUCACCUGAUCCUCAUAGAGCCUCUGAGGGAAGUAGGGAGGUCUGGUUCCACUGGUUGACAACAUAGGCCACAGGUUUCAGAUCCAACCAGAUGUGGAUUAACGGUAGUGAUACCCUUGCAGCCGGUGUCUGUCUCCAUUUCCACCUCAAGUCUCUCCUGCCUCCUGAAGAGAGGAGGUUGUGUAACCCAGUGUGUUCCUGUGUUCAUCAGUGUGGCCAUAAAUCUCGGUGUGCUCUUAUAUGUUUUUACUGCCGUGUGUAAAAGUAAGAAUGAGUAACACAAAGGCAUCACGACCAAAGUCAAUAAAUCAUUUAACUUGAAAUAAUUCUGUUGAUUUCCUAAACCUGAUUUGAUUCAAGUAUUCAGAGUAUUAAUGAACUGCAAUGUAAGAGUAACGUAAAAAUCCGUGACUCUGCUGAUGAAGUAUGACGACUCAGAUGACCAGUCACACAGUGAACUGUCUGGGUCUGAAUCACCAGGAACACACUGACAUCAAUCAUUUACAGGUUUAUUAUGGCCUUUGUUUUCACUGUGAAAUGAAAAUACAUAUGUUAAUUGAC